CAGACAUCUUUCCGUCAUGCCAGACUCUCACUCCAUCACAACCCUGUCUUUGUUUUGUCUUACUAAACACUUAUACUCUUCUAUCAAUUACUCAUUAUGAAGCUCAACUACAAUCUCUUCUACGCUUUGGCUUCCACCAGUGUCGCUGCCGCUUUUCUCGACCCCAUACAGCGCUCAUUUCAUCCCCCAGGACCACUCGACAGCCGCUCUCCUUGCCCCGGCCUCAAUGCUCUCGCCAACCAUGGCUUCCUCCCCCGCGACGGCAAGAACCUCGACUUCAAGAUGAUUGACGAGGCUGCGCAUGACGCAUACAAUUUUGUUCACGGAUUUCUCAAAGACCCCGUCGACAUGGUUUUCAAGUUCAACAUUUCCACUUCGGACCGCCCGUCUGAAACUUUCCACCUUGUCGACCUAGCCAGGCACAACACCAUCGAAGUAGACGGCUCCCUCACCCGCAACGACAUUUACUUUGGUGAUGAUUUGCACUUUGACGCCACAGUCUGGAACCCUGUCGCCAAGGAUCUCGGUCUGGACAAUGCCCAUUACUUUGAUCGAUACUUGACGGUAGAAACGGCUGCCCAAGCUACCAAGAAUCGUCUGGCAUUGGCUAAGCGCGUCAAUCCCGAGUUCACUGCCUCACAGCAGCAACAUUUGACCGAGUAUGGUACUACUGCCUUGUAUCUCCUUACUCUGCAGGAGGAGAAGAAGGGUGCCGCACCAAAGUCGUGGGUUAAGGCUCUUCUAUCUGAGGAUCGCAUCCCGUAUCGCGAGGGCUACAACAAGGGCAAAACGGAGAAGGAUGGUAUGCAGAUUGGCAAGCUGUUGACGGGACUUCGUGACGCUGCUGGAUGGAAAGCGUAA